ACAGGAAACGAAAAUCUGAACUUUGUUGACGAAUGAUCCGUGUGAAACAGCACGGAUAUUUAUCGGAAUUAGUUACAGUUACCGGAAUAAGACGAAAAGGAUCUUGACUGGUCUCAGGACAUCCUUGCCGAUAAUGGAUGAUCCUGGCAGUGGUGGAGAGGAAAGAGAUCAUGCUGCAGAUGAUGGCACAUCCUCUGUCAGAGAUGAUGAUCUGAAAGAUGGGGAUAACUCUGGGGCAAAUGGAGUUGUCCCCCUUGAGAGGCCGGUGACACCAGGUCAGGAUGCUGAAGCUCAGUCAAACACUGUGGACACGGAAGGUGGUGAGGAUAAUGUGCAACAAAGAGCAGACAAUGUUGCAGAGCCUGUGAGGCAAGAUGAAGAUGGCGAGAGUCCACCGGUUGAGCCUGAUGGUGAGAGUCCACUGGUUGAGGCGGUUCCAGCUGAAGCUACUGCUGGUUCUUCUGAACCAGACCAGGAUGUGGAUGAAGCCAAGAAAACACCUACUAUCCCUGCAGAGAAUCCUCAGAACAUAUCGGGAGAAGAUGGUGAGCCGGACCACAAGGAAACAAAGACUGGUGUUAUUGAUGUUACCACAAGUGGAACAGUUGAAGAACACAGGGAUGAAGUUCCAGACAUUUCGGCACAAUCUGGAGAACCUAGGCCUGCUUCACCCUUUUCAUCGCCCGAGACCAAGGUGUCGGGUGUCAUGAGCGACCCCGGGGAUUCCUUUGGGUCGCACCAUUUUGAUACUGGUAGAGAGAGUGAAGAAGAAACAGAUGGUAGGGAGACCAACAGAGAGAACAGUGAUGAGGCUAGGGUUGUUGUCAAGGAGGUUCUCAGCAAAGCACUUAUGAUGAACAGUGAUAGUGACACAUCUUUAAAGUCUGACUCUGGAAAUGUUCCAGCAGACACGUUGGCUGCUGAUGGUGCUGCAGCUCUAUCAGUCGGAGGGGGCACUGAAGCGGAUGGGGAUGCUGAUUCCAAAGGUCCGGCUGAUCUAUCUGUAGAUAAGCAUUUACAGCAAACGGAUCCGAGUGGUGAGGAAAAAAUGUUUGGUGUAGAUCAAGAUGGUAAUAAACGUACAACAGAAGAGGACCUUCCUUCUAUUCUUAUGGAACAAAACCAAGACUUUGAUGAAAGUAGCCCUGAAGCUGAUCGGGUUGUUGAGCCACAAAUGAAGGGAGCUGAGGAUGAAGACGACGAUGAAGCUGAAGGCGAUGAUGAUGAUGAUGACGAUGAUGAUAUUAAGGUUGUCUGUAUCGAGGAAGGUUCUCCAUAUCCGGAAUACCCUAUGAAUUACGGUAACUACAAAGUGUGCAGGCAGGUUUCACCAGGAGUCAAAGAGUGUAUGAUAUUAGAGACUGGAGAACACAUCAAGUAUGAUAAAAAGACAGGAAAAUGGACCAGCUCAGAAUGUCCACCCACUUCGCCAAGAAGGUCAGAUGAUGAGAGUGCUCGACGCUCACUGAGUGAAAGCUCAGCGAGCUCCCAUAAGUCUGAUAAUGAAGGUGAGAGAAAGGCGUUCAAGAUUGUGAAGACUCCCCCCGGGAUGAAGGGCACUGUUUUCAUGAGCCUAAAACUCAGGGAAUCUUCAGAGCUUGAUGAUGCAAAUGGGCAAGUGGAUGCAGAGAGAAGUGAGGUGGGUGAUGGAAGGCAACAAGUGCAAGAGCAGGACAUGAAGGAUGAUGAACAAGAUAACACAAGUGGAGCAGGUCAGGAAGCCCAGGAUGACACACGAGAAGGUUCCGGUGCUGAGGCUGAGCAGGUAUCGGAUGUUCUUGAAACCUCGCCCGAGGAAGUUCAGUCUGGGAGGAAGGUAAAUGAAGAUGGGGAACUGCAGGAAUCCUACCUGUCUGAAGUUCCUGCCAAGGGCAUUCUGAAGACCAGGCAGGAGCAAGAGGUGCCACCCAGCAGACCAAGCAAUUCUGGAAGCCCAUCUCUGGGUAAGCCUCCUAUCUCACCACGGAUGAGAUCCAGCUAUGAACGGAGAGAUCAUACUUAUAGGUCUUCACGGAGGGAGGAGAUUGAUGGGAGGCGCUAUGAGAAUGUUGAUCAGAGCCGAGAAUCCUACACGUCUGAUUAUGGGAAUAAGCGUGAGCGGUAG